GGCUGCAAGCUUGACGCGCGUGAAAUGGAAACCUCAUAUGGGGCCAAAUGCUUGACUUCAGCCCAUUAGGUAAACCACCUAAAGCUUCCCCCAGACAAGCGCUUCUUUAUCGUCACCAUUCCUCCCACCACAGCCUACCCACAUUCAACAACUGUAUAAUCGUAACGGCCGAUAAACACACAUCAUCGCAUUAAUCAAAUAAUACGAAAGCCGCAAUUUUACCAAAAUGGCCAUGUUCAGCCAGAACCCAGUCCUGAACGGGCCCAACUACUCGUUUGCCGAAGUUCCUAAAGAUGCCGUCGAUGGCCUGCGGGAACACCGUUUCAACCCAUACACCGACAACGGCGGUUCCACCCUCGCCAUCGCCGGCGCCGACUUCGCCAUCAUGGCCGGCGACACCCGUCUGACGUCAGGCUACAGCAUCAACACGCGGUACUCGCCCAAGGUAUUCAAGAUCGGCGGGUCGAACUCGUCGCAGGACGACGCCAACAUAGUGCUCUCGGUCGUCGGGUUCGCCGCGGACGGCGAGGCGCUGAAGGAGCGGCUCGACGCCAUCUGCAAGAUGUACCGGUACCGCCACGGCAAGCCCAUGUCCGUCAACGCCUGCGCCAAGCGCCUGUCCACCAUCUUGUACCAGAAGCGCUUCUUCCCUUACUACGUCCACGCCAUCCUCGGCGGCAUCGACGAGGAGGGCAAGGGCGCCGUCUACAGCUACGACCCCGUCGGCAGCUACGAACGCGAGCAAUGCCGCGCCGGCGGCGCCGCCGGCAGUUUGAUCAUGCCCUUCCUCGACAACCAGGUCAACUUCAAGAACCAAUACGUGCCCGGAAGUGGUACCGGCCACGAUCUACAGGAGCGGGAGCGCGUGCCGCUGCCCAGAGAGGAGGUGGAGAUAUUAGUGAAGGAUGCCUUCGACUCGGCGGUCGAGCGUCAUAUCGAGGUCGGUGAUGCGCUGCAGGUAGUUAUCAUUACCAAGGAUGGGAUCGAGGAGAAGGUUCUGCCACUCAAGAAGGAUUAAAGUGGGAUACCAAUUACUCCCGUUACAAGCAAGCCAUGUACUGUAUCAUAGGCGACGGGGUUCCCUGGUGUUGAGAAAUACAUCAUAACUGACUAUUAAGAUCUUCGGGUACAUCCACGUCGAGAAUACUGAUAUAGCUACCUAGCUAACCGCAUUAGCUAUCGUCGUAAUAGUCUUCGUCUAGCCUUUUACUUAGGUAUCAAUACCUAAUGCUUGGAAUUCCACACUACCAGGUCCUGCAGUAGUCUGCCUGCGCUGCCCUUAUAUGCCCAUCCGAUAUUUGGCCUUGUUAUAUUCAUUCGGUGUAGGUAAGGUAGAACUUAUGGCCACAGAGCGUAUAUGUACAAUCCUGCGCCCAUUACAUUGAAC